CGGGCAUAUGACACGCACUCCUUCUCCAGCAUGGCGGCUUCAGCUAAAAAGAAUAAGAAAAAGGGUAAGACCCUUACCCUGACUGACUUUUUAGCGGAGGACAGUGGUGGAAAUGCUCCACCCAGUUAUGCACCCCCAAAGCCAACGAGCUGGGCCGACGAGACCGAUGACCUGGAGGGAGAUGUUACUACAUCCUGGCACACAGAAGAUGAGGUGUAUCGUGCGCCGCCUAUCGAUCGCUCAAUUCUGCCGACUGCUCCGCGUGCCGCCCGCGAACCCAACGUGGACCGCUCUCGUCUGCCCCGCAGUCCUCCUUACACCGCCUUCCUGGGCAAUCUUCCCUACGACGUCACCGAAGACUCCAUCAAAAACUUCUUCCGCGGACUAAAUAUCAGUGCUGUUCGCCUCCCGAGAGAGCCCAGUAACCCAGAGCGGCUUAAAGGCUUCGGCUAUGCAGAGUUUGAUGAUGUAGAGUCUCUGUUACAAGCGCUCAGUCUCAAUGAAGAGAACCUUGGAAAUCGUAGGAUCCGUGUAGACAUCGCUGACCAGUCCAAUGAAAAAGAGAGAGACGAUCGCUCCAUGUCCGGCCGGGAUCGUAACCGCAGUGAGCGAGACAUGGGCCCAGAUAAAACCGAUUCAGAUUGGAGGGCAAGACCUAAAUCUGAAGCUGACGACGGACCACGCAGAGAUGAUGCAUUUGCAGAGCGAUCCAGAGAUCGAUAUGAUUCUGACCGUCACCGUGAAGGCCAGCGGUGGGAAAAUGAUCGUUACGAUGGAGGAAGAGACAGAUACCGGGAACGAUAUGAUGACAGAGAACGCAGAGACUACGACAGAGGAUUUGAUUCACGCAGUGGUGGACGACGGCCCUUUGGAAGCGGCUUUCGGCGUGACUAUGAUGACCGGCGGGACGACUUUCGGGGCAGUGGAGACCGAUAUGGUGACCGUGAGGAGAGAUUUGAGAGGCGGGAUGAGAGACGCGAGGACAAAGGUCCCCCUCAGAGGCCCAAGCUAAACCUGAAGCCUCGGAGUGUUCCUAAAGAUGAAGAGCAGUCCCGGGGGCCUUCAGCUUCUUCUGGACGGGCCGCGUCUAUCUUUGGUGGAGCCAAACCGGUGGACACUGCUGCUAAAGAGAGAGAGGUGGAGGAGAGGCUUAAGAAAGAGCAGGAGAGACUGCAGAGACAGCUGGAGGAGGACAAGAACAGAGGACCUGAACGCAAACCCAGAGAGAGGCAUCCCAGCUGGCGUAGUGAGGACCAAGGAACUGAGCGCUCGCGGACAGGAAGUGAGUCAUCACAAACAGGAAACCCACCGAGCAGGGGGCAGAGGCGUCGGGAAAGUGAACGUUCUGUAGAAAACGAGGUAUUCAGCAGCCGUGACGAGGAGCCGUCCUCUCAUGGAAGUCAAUCUCCUGCCUCCAAACAGGAAGCUCUGCCGCUAAAAGUUGUUCCAGCGCCGCCACCGAAAGAGAACGCUUGGGCCAAGAGGAGCGCCAUUAGUGCAGGAUCCACUGAGAGCGAUAGUAAACCCGCCGUUUCUCCCAGCAACGCCGCUCCACCCAGAAGCUUGCCAGGCUCAGGUGAUGUUCCUCAAAGAAAUAAAGAUGAAAACAAAGCAGAUGGGGUGCGGCGGGAUCGGGGCCCCUCUCGGGGUCGCGGUGGGGCCUCGGGCUCUGGAGCAGGCAGGGGGCGUGGAGACGCAGCCAGCCGAGACCGAAGGAAGGAGACAGACAGAAAGGACGCAAGAAGAGAGCGAGAUCUCAGACCAGCACCAGAGCCAAAGAAAUUUGAGGAGUCUCCCAGUCCUAAAUUCAGCUCAGCCAGUAAAUACGCAGCCUUGCUGAUGGACGGAGAGCAGGCAGAAGAGGAGGAUGGUGGAAAUUAAGACAGACUGCAAUUUUAAUUACCAAUUAAACCUACAGCUUUUGUUUCAUGCAGCACCGAAGGACCCAGAUGAGCCCUUUGAGAGCAAAAAAAAAAAACAUUUUAGAGCAACCCCUUCCUCUUCAGGACUGAACCGAAAACCUUGUGUGAAAAUCCAGGACUUGUUUUAAAGAGAGAGUGUGGAGGAAUGAAUGAUUUUGACUCAUUAAAAUGCACAGGAAAAGGAUCCUGCAUACAUCGUAAGUUGAGAGUGCAUUUUCUCCUUAGCUUGAUCGCACGUUGACCGGCCGGAAGAUGUAAAAUCAGGGGGAAAGUGCCACAAGACGAUUGUUUUUCCUGAUCUUUAGGGCUUCCUGAGCUUUCUUAAAGGACGUUUACAGUUGAUGCUUUACCGAGAUCUCUGGCCAGGUAAAGCGGUCUAUGAUCUGCGUUGGUUAUAAAUCUCACAACCUUGGUUUAAUGUCUUAAAACUCAAGACAUGUCUCAGUCCCGUGAUUUGCAUUCAGGGGCAUUCAGAUCGGAUCAGAACCUGUUAGUUUCGGUUUGAUAUUUCUCCGUGCGGCUUUAAGCAGGAGUCUCCCGUUUUCUUCUCAUUUAUCCUUCGAGGACUUUUUAAAGCCACUCCUUUGGACUGAUGUGCAAUAGGAAUUGAAGUAUUCCUCUGAAUCUCCAUGUUUCAACAACAGAGACUGCUGCAGCUUUGGGUUGAGCAUAUAUCUAAAGGUAGUGACAUGAAUUGCUUAUUGAUUUAAACUGUACCAUCUUAAAAAAAAACACACCAAUAAAAGACUAUGUUGAGUCA